AUGAAUACCCUCACAAAGAUCAGCGUACUUCUGGUGCUUCUUGGUAUCGUUUUCCAAGUCUUUCUCCGCCCUCUACUCUUCGUAACAUUGGGCAUUGGUCGAGAACUUCAACCACUGUCGGGGUUUCCAUACCAAUGUCGUCGAAUUGAAGAUCCAAGACUUCAAGCAUGCGAAGACAUGUGGUUGUCCGAGUCGACCAGACAGUUGUUUCUGGCUUGCUCAGAUCCCAUCGCCAGAACCAAAUGGGUGCCAAAGUUCGAAGAUCGCUUCUUUUGCUUCAUUCCAUCAUCUUUGCUGACCCCGCCUCAGUAUCGGGCUGCUCAACGCCUCAGCACGAGGCCUCAACGAUGCCGUGAUUGCACUAGACCUCGACAGUCCCAAAGGCUCCAGCUUCGCCUACCGAAUUCUCAAAACUCCCAAAUUCCAGGGCGUUGACGGAGAUGGUCGCCUACACCUUCUUGCAAUAACAGGAAGCGAAAAUCAAAAUUCUCAGACAAUAGAUCUCUAUCUAAACAACGCACGUCCUUCCAUGGACACUCUGACAGGUCUCUCCCUCGACAACGAGAAGACAGGCGCCAAUAUGACAAUUGAACACUUCCAGCUCUCAACCAAAACCUCAGCGACAACCCUCCUCCAUCAGAAAACCUUCCACAACCCCGAAAUCCGGACCCCGAAUAACAUCGCCCUAGCUCCCCUCGGAGGAGGCUUCUUCAUCACAAACGACCACGGAACCGCAAAAGCAGGUCUCCCCUUCAGCCUCGCCCCCAUCCUUCGAAACGGAGACAUAACCUACUGCCACCCCAGCAACGAUUGUAAAACUGUCCAUAGAGGCCUUUCCUUCCCAAACGGCCUCAUCAUGGGAAUGGACAACCGCCUCUACGUCCCUUCAGCCUUUUCAGGCGGGAUCAAAAUCUACAAAGUCCACCCGGACAAGGAAAUCGAACAGGUCGAUUCCAUCGAUAUCCCUUAUCCGAUUGAUAAUCUCUCGCAGGAUGGGAAUGGUGAUAUCUGGGCCGCGGCGAUUCCGAAGUUGUCGAGGUUGUUGGAGUCGUUUGAGAAUCCCAUGGGAGUGGUUUCGCCUGCGACGGUUUUCAGGAUUCGGAGGAGGAAGCAUGCCGGGGGAGAAUGGGAAGUGGAAAAGGUGUUGGAGGAUCGCGAUGCGGAAGUUUUGCCGGGAGCGACGACUGCUGUUCAUGAUGUCAAGACUGGAAGGAUUUUCCUCUCGGGGAUUGUGGCGCCUUUUAUUGCCGUCUGUGAGCCGCAGAAGAAGUGA